UUCUCAAACUCGCUGGCUUCGACGGUUCCGCUGAGCGGAUCUCUGUCGGAGAAAGCCAUCCACUUAAAGUGGCAUCAAAAGUGGGCGACUUUUGAUGCUCGGCCUCGCCUCAUAAGAGUUCUUACUCCAUGUAGUAGACGAAAAUCCAAUCCUGUUUUAUCGCAUUUACUAUAAUCUCUAUAACCUCGAUAUUCUACUCUAUAUCUUUAAUCUUUAAAGAAUUAAAAGUAUGAAAACAAUAAUAUAAUAUAUGAACUAUACCUGGAAACAAAGAAAAAUAUCAUAUCUAUUUAUAUACAUUAUAUAGUAUUUCUAUAUUUCUAAAAUUAUGUUCGAAAGAUUAACUACAACUUUUACAAAAGUUUCACCAUUCAAAUUUUCGGUUUGGAGUCUUACUGCUGUUCGAACAAGAAUGAGAUAUCAUUUUCCUCGGCCGGAUGAAAGAAAACGGGUUGUUCAACAUGGUUAUUUUGCCCGCCUAGCAACGCCUAAUGGUCGCAAAAUCCUGAUGCGUCGCAUUUUAAAAGGUCGUCAUGUAUUGGGACAUUAAUAAAAAUAAAAAACUUUUAUGUUCAGAUUUCUAUGUAUUUAAAACUUUUCUAACAAUUACAUUUAUCUAUAUCUACAUUUA